AUGUCCGUGCUCUAUUUUCGCUGCAGCCGUUUACCGUGGCUCAUCCGCUCCUCCUUGGCUUCUGGACCCCUCGCGUGGGCCUUCUUCGCCGUGUUUUGGAAUGGCGGCUUCCUCAUCCCGCAGGUAGCGGACAAAACGCGGCCCGCAGGAUCAGUUUUCUUAUGGUGGAUCCUCUGUUAUGGCAUGAGUUUCGCUUUUACGUAUAAGGAUGACGCAGUCUGCUAUAGCUUGAGCGUUCUGGUGGCGGCUGUUGGGCUAUAUCACGCCAGAAAUAACGCCCAAUUUUACCAAUGGGUCCCACCCAUCGCAAUUGCGGCGGUGUUAUAUGCCACAUUCUUGGUAAUUUUUAUCUCAAGAUGGGAGUCCAACGAGCUACGCAAACAGGCAGCCAUGGGAGGUGCCUCAGGAUACGGCGGUGAAGAAGGUCGGCAGACCCGAAAUGACAGUUACCGCCUCUCGAGGGGAAUGAGUGAUUAUUGGUAUACAGAAGAUGAGUAA